AUGUUUCAAGAAGACCAACAGGUCUCGGUCAAGAGGUUGCUUUCGUUAUGGAUAGCUGAAGGGUUCAUCCGGAAAGUUGAGAUGAAGCGCUUGUCAGAUGUUGCUGGAGAGUAUCUGAAUGAUUUGAUAGGAAGAAGUUUACUUAUGGUUGCCAAACAGACAUCCAUGGGCCGAGUGAAGAGGUGUCGAAUCCAUGACAUGCUGCAUGAGUUCUGCUCUCAAAAAACCAAAGAGGAACAGUUUUAUAAGAGGCUAUUUCUUGAAGGAGGAGAUGAUUUUAGUGGCGAUUUUAAGAUUUUGUUCACGAUUCUUCGCAACGGAUGUCUUAAAACCAUUUCACAAGAAGUGAAGAAUGGGAUCGUGAAUACUUUUAACAACAUGCCGGACGAUUCCUUUGUGAUUGAUCAUAAGUUAUUGUACAAUGAUUUGGUUGGGCUGAUUUGUGAAAGAGUGGGGUGGAAUAGAAAGAAUGUGAAUUUGAGUCUAUCGAUUUUGUAUGAUACGAUGCGCAAUGGUUUUAGGCGUAUCGCCAAAAUCAAGGACGACGCAUCAUUGCAAGUGUUGUAUUUCCUCCCAAGUUCAACAUAUAUUGAUUUGUAUGUAGAUUUGGAGGUGGCGGGUAUUUCUAGGUCCCAUUUGGAAGUAGGGACAAGUAGUGGUAGGCCGAAUGUGGAGAAUGUCGAUUACAUGGAAGAUGAUGAUGUGGGUGGACCGUUUAUGGAGGAUGGCGAUCACAUGGAAUAUAAUCACGGUGAAGAUGAUGAGGACUACACAUCGAUAAGUGAUCAAAGCGAUGAAAACCAAUCAAUAUCCGAAGGAAGUCGGGAGAGUGAUGAAGAGGGUCGGAUUUUCAAAAUCUGA